AUGAGAAGCAGAAGACCACCCCACAACACCCUAGAUCGCCCCGUCGUGAUGCACGCCGGUCAACGCCAACACGUCUCCGAAGACGAGAUUCUACAGUUUUUAGCCCAGUUCAUCCAAGAGCGCGAGACUGACGGCGACGCAGAUGCAACCGGCGCCGUCGCACAACUCCGCAGAAUAGAACGCGAUUUCAAAGGGCUGCCGCCCGCCGUGCUGGACACUCAAUAG